CUAAGUUCUAGACGAGAUUUUUUUUUCGUCUUCUAACACAUGGAUGCUAUUCGAAAAAUGAUCGUGUGUGGGAUACUUACAAUCUGAUAACGAUCUGGGAGCACGUGUUGUUGUUGGGGGAGAAAUUCGAAAUUUUUUUCGCCUUGUGGCAUGCUCUCGCUCGCACGUGUCUGGAACAGAGAGAGAAACGUAUGCUAUAUAAACACAAGCGAUGAGAGGAAAAUUAUCAUUUACAUCAGAGACAACAGAGACUUCACACACACACGAGAUGAGUUCUCCAUCCUUUAUCCUGCCGGAUAGCCCGCCCCCGCAGCAUGUGCUAAACUACUGGCAGCGCAAAGCUGCCGAGUCCUGUGCCGGCUCUUCUGCUGCUGCUGCUGCCGCUGCCGCCUCCGCUCCUGCCUCCGCUGCACCCGCACCCGCUCCACAGCGUCCAACAUCACCAGGGGGCGAGAUGGUGAUUCCGGACAGCCCCAUCCAACGCUUGCGUCCAGCACCUACGUGGGCGCCGCGGCGUGCUGUGUUGACAACGCUGUCAAACAACAUCAGGCAGAGGCAGGCCAAGAGGAAACUAGCCUUCGAGGAGGGUGAAGUCAGCGGCGAAGAGGAGGAUGAGGUGCUCCCUCAAUCAAAGAAACGUGUGGUGGAUGAGGACUCCUCGCUCGUACCGUUAAUAAAGGAGGCUGAAUUGGACUUUGUACAACUCGUUAACAAACCUCUACCCAAGCCAUGGGUCCCGCUGCGAGAGUUGGAGGAGGAUCAACCAUACCGCAUCGUCGCGGCGAGGGAGCACACAAACCAGCACGGGCGACGUAUAAUUUUAAAAAUAAUCAAUGCAGGAAGCAAAUGCGAGGUGUAUCUGCCUCAAAGAUUCGCUUCCUGCAUUGAUGCGGGAAAAAUACGCCAUUUCAACGAAACUUGUAUCAGAGGUCCAGAUGCCGGCCAGACCCAAAAUGGACCAGUAGAUUGGAUACCAUGUAUUGCAGCAGGAAAGACGAACAACAUCUACGUCAGACUACGCAUAGAGGGAGAGACGAGAACCCUGCUAGUGGACACCGGAGCCGAGAUAUCCAUCCUGAAGUAUCCGAUAGAAGGCAUGGAUUUAUCGAAAGAACACUCAAGAUCACGGGGAGUGACCGGCGCUAUGCUGGGGGUAUUUGGCAUAAAAUAUUUUAAUUGUCGGAUAGCACACUUGAAUUUUGUUCACCCUUUCUCUAAAGCCGAAAUCGCAAUACAAGCUGACGGCAUUUUAGGAGCUGAUUUCCUAGACAGAGUUGAAGCAGUGAUAGACGUCACAGAGAAGAGGAGAGACAUCACAGAGAUCUCUUCUCUGUGUAGACGUGAAAAGAAAACGAAUAACGUGUUGUGGAGUCGCACCAGAAGAAGAUGA